GCAUGCGCACUAACACAACGUGCCGAUACUUCCCAGGAUUUAUCAACAAAUGAACGUACACUACAUCACAUCUGCUACUCAGCGAAGCAUAGUCUGAGCUGUUCCGAUUCAGUAAUCAUACAACAUUUUACGCGGAACUGCUUUUCGUUGCGGUAGUAAGUGUCCACUGUAGUGUAGUUUUCUGAGAGUGUUUAUAUUCGACUGUAGGUAUCAUGGAAUAGCAGCACUGCUCUUCGCAUCCAUGAACUGAGUGUCAUAAAGUUCUCGGUCACGGCAUGUACUCUCUGUGCUGGAUUUUUUGAUGGGGCUUUUAAGAUUAAAGAUGCCGCCGAAGUUUCAGCUACUAGCUCUGUUGGCUUUCGCCAUUACGAUGAUCUUUUUGGAAAACCAAAUUCAGAAGCUCGAGGAGUCACGGGGGAAGCUAGAGCGAGCCAUUGCCAGACAUGAGGUACGAGAGAUUGAGCAACGGCACAUUCAAGAGGGGGCGAAGGAGGCCCUGGUAGAGGAGGACGAUCUGGUGGUCAUCUACAACCGAGUGCCCAAAACAGCCAGUACCUCCUUCACCAACAUCGCCUACGACCUGUGCAACAAGAACCACUACCAUGUGCUGCACAUCAAUACCACCAAAAACAAUCCCGUCAUGUCCCUUCAGGAUCAGGUACGGUUUGUAAAGAAUGUGACGUUAUGGAAGGAGAUGAAGCCUGCGUUCUACCAUGGGCAUGUUUCCUUUCUGGACUUCACCAAAUUUGGAGUAAAGAAAAAGCCUAUUUACAUAAAUGUUAUCCGGGACCCUAUUGAGCGUCUGGUGUCUUACUAUUAUUUCCUGCGCUUCGGGGAUGACUACAGACCAGGUCUGCGACGCAGAAAGCAAGGAGACAAAAAGACAUUUGAUGAGUGUGUAGCUGCUGGAGGAUCUGACUGCGCUCCAGAGAAACUCUGGCUUCAGAUUCCCUUCUUCUGUGGUCAUUACUCUGAGUGCUGGAACAUUGGCAGCAAAUGGGCUUUGGAGCAAGCCAAAUACAACCUGGUGAAUGAAUACAUGUUAGUUGGCGUGACAGAGGAGUUGGAAGACUUUGUUAUGAUGUUGGAGGCAGCCCUCCCUCGCUUUUUUAAGGGGGCCACAAAGCUCUUUCGGACAGGGAAGAAAUCGCACUUAAGGAAAACGAGCGAGAAGAAGCCCCCCACCAAAGAGUCUAUAGCCAGACUGCAGCAGUCAGACAUCUGGAAAAUGGAGAAUGAGUUUUAUGAGUUUGCACUAGAGCAGUUCCAGUACGUUCGGGCUCACGCGGUGAGAGAAAAAGAUGGAGAACUGUACCUGCUGGCACAGAACUUUUUCUAUGAGAAAAUCUACCCAAAGACUACCUGAGACUCAGCGGUGCUCCAUAACACUGUAUGCUGUGGUCGGAAACACUGGAGGGAGGACUCAAUCCAUUCUGCCUGACUGUUCUCCAUCUGGAUGUGUGCAUUUAGAGCAACUCAAACUAGUCCGUGCCGCAGGGAAGAGUCUUGGGGCCAAAUAGCUUUCAAGAGCUUUAUCCCCCAAUACAUAACUCCUCAAAGAAAGCUUAAAAGCUCUCUAAUGAGUGACUGAGGUCUUGUUUGUGUCGUUAUUCUGCAUUAGGGAUUUGAUACAGGUGCGGCCACAUUUCACAACGUUUUGUUAUUGGAUUUAAUAAAUGCUUAUAUGGUUAUAGUUUUGGGAGAGUUUUUACAUCUUCAGUACAGAUGACUGCUAAACAUUCUUUUUCAAUACUUUAUUUCUUGGACUUUUUAUAAGGCUAUUUAUGGGAUUUAUUGGAAAGAAAAACAGAUGUGGAUGUACUUCACGUGGUUAAAAAUGUAUCUUGUCUUUGAAAUACUAGAAAAAA